UUAAUAAUACCAAUACGUUUGAGAGUUAGAUAGGAAAAUGGCGGCGCGAAUAUUUCUGUUACUUUAUAUUUUUAAAUCUAUUAUAAUUGUGCCAUCUGUAUCUGAAGUUGUUAAAAAAAAUGUGUUCACUGUUCAACUUCAGAAUUUCGUUUAUUGGCCGAAUGGUACAAUACCAUUUUAUAUCAACCCGUAUCAUUUUGACAAAGAACAAAUGUUAGCGAUAAUGUCUUCUCUAUCGCUAUACGCGUUCAAGACCUGCCUUCAAUUCAACCCGGUCAUGGCGGAACCAGGUCUCAACCAACAUGUCUUGGUGUUUGAGAAUCCAAAUGGCGUCCGGAAGUGCGUCAUCAGUAUGGAGGGACAUGGGAAGGAUGAGCCGCAUCGUCUGACGCUCGGUUACGAGUGUUUGCGGAGUCCGAAUAUAGACAUGAUGAUCAUGAAGACUCUGGGAUUCCCCUUCGAACAUAACAGAGCCAGCAGGGACCUGUUCGUGGACGUGCAGUUUGAAAACAUCGAGAGCGGCUCAAUUCCGUUAUUUACCAAAGAGAAGAUACUUCCUCUAGAGCUACGAGCUCUGCCGUAUGACGUCGACAGUGUCAUGCAUUUCAAUGAAAGGGAUUUCAGCAAGAACGGUCACAGAACUUUAUUAUUCAAGAACGACAAGACUCCACAGAAAAGAAUCGGUCUAUCUAAAACCGACUUAAAAAAGAUAGAAUUAGUUUAUGGGCCAGAAUGUUUGAAACGAGAGCGACAAGCAAAAAUCGAUAUUUGUAGAAACUUCCCAGCUGUUAGGAGAAAGCGAGAAAUCGAUUUUGCAACAGUCGGAAGCCUUAGAGUCAAUCCGGAAAUAACCCCGCCGCCGGAUACAAACAAUCAGGAGAAUCUGACAGACGAAUUGACAAAUAAUCUAAAAGAACUCGGCAUAGAAGAAGAGGUGCAGCUACUGAUAGAGCAAAUACACAAAGUUACGGCUACAGCGCUGACGAACGCUAAACUAAAGCACUGUAACACCACAAAGAAUGGCAGCGGAGAUAACAAGAAAGCGGAUUUAAAGGAAAUAAUAUAUAAAGUCAAUGAAUACGCCAGAGCUGUGGUCCAGAACGCGUUGACAAACAUGACUGUGUUCUGCGAUGACGCCAAUUCCAUGGAGAAAUUCCAAAUUGGGAGGUGCCAAUGGGGUCCUAACAGUAGAUGUCCCGUGUACUUCAGAUCGACUAUGCCUGGGCCUGUCAAAUAUUCCACACAGCACCGUCCAUUGAUCCGACAAUCGACAAAGCAUGAGGGUAGAGGGAUAAAACAUCAGUAUGUCCCAUGGCUGAGGUCCCAGAAUGGAACGGAAGAGAAAAACUUGACGAGGGCAAAGCGUGACGUGAAUCAGACAAACUCUGGACCAGCCAACGAGACUGUCAAAGAGGUCUUGAGAAUGGCGACAAGGAUAAUGACUGACAAGAAGGUUGACUUUGCACCUGUCAGACGCAGCUACCAAAGUGUUGGGAAAGAUCGCGAAGAUUCCGAUACUCCCGUGAAGCCAAGGAAGAAGAAGCUUAAACCACGACACCGACCAGAAGAGAAGAGAGUUACGACCUUCGAUGAAGACGGAGAUAAAACGAAGCAGAAUAUAGAAGAACGCGUUGAGAGAUAUAAAGAAGAAAGACCCAGAGAGAAGAAGAAAGAUAGGAAAGAGAGAAAGGAGAGAAAGUUAUUCCGUGUACCUAAAACAGUGCAGCUCUCGAAGGAGAACAUAGAGUUCUACGCGGAGAGAAUAUGGCCGGAUGGCGUCGUCAACUAUGUCAUAAAAGACGAUGUGAACUACGAUUCGAACAAAGUCCGCGAACGCCUGGCGGAGGUGAAUAGGAUAUUACGCCGGCGGACUUGUGUGAGAUUGAACGAAAUGAGCGAGGAGGGAGCGAGACGGCUGACAGACUAUCUCGUUCUAGACACCGGCAGGGAUUACGUCACGGGGCGGGUCGGCGGGAAGCAGAAUUUCGGUAGUCUAGAGCUGUUCGAGGGUGGUCAACAUAGACAGCACGCUGCUAUGAUGGUAAUGGCUAUGCUCGGCUUCUACUUCGAGGUCUCGCGCCACGACAGAGACAAGUAUAUACGAGUGCACAACAGACACGUACGACCAGACAAACUGCAUCACUUCGAGAAGAUACGUGCUGAAGCGACCCUCCCCCUGCCUUAUGACUACGCCAGCGCCACGCAUCCCGCCUGGCAGUAUUGGAGGGUAGUCGGCAAAACGGGCAUAUCGACGGUCGCCACUUAUAAGGAACAGGACCCCGACGGCUCUAUAAUGAAGUCCUUGGGGCAGAACACGAAGUUACUGUCAGAUACUGACAUUAUGAAAAUAAACAGUGUCUAUGGUAUUAAAUGUUUUAAGAGUCAACGACGAAUGAAGAUACGAUACACGAGGACUGUGGAAUAAAACCUUUAUAAAAAAAAUUGGUGAUUUCAUUUACAAUAAAUAUUAUAUGCAGCCCU